AUGGCGUCGGAGUUGAGACAAUUGGAGGAGCAGAGGUUGCAAGAGCAACAAGAAACGUCGUCAACCCUGCUUCGGUUGAUUAAACGCAUGAAGAACAUGGAGGAGAAGUUUCGGUCGACCCGAAAUUCUGCCCAGGUCCGAUGUCAAGAGUUGGAGGAUCGGGAGAGGCGAAUCGGAGAUGAGACGAGCAAACUGGACGUGUUGAAGGCAGAGACGGAGAACAAAGCUGUGGAGCUUCGAAGCCUUGAGAAGCUGAUCCAGGAGAGACAAGAAGAAGCUGUAAAAGGGGAGAGUCACUUAGAGUCGCUCAAGUUGUUAAUCCAAGAACAUGAAGAAGAACUGGAGUUUAAAGAGAAGCGGUUCUCGGAUCUUGAGAGAAUGAUUGGUGUGAAGGAGGGAGAGUGCGAGUCGGUUCAGAAGAGAAUGAAGGAGAGCUUGGAGAAACUGAAUAGGGUUGAGAAGGAAAUAGAAGAGAAGAUUGAAUUGAAACAAAAGCUAAGUAGGACAAUGGAGGUGAAAGGGAAGGUGUUUUGUUUGCAUAAGACAUCAAUGAAGGAGUGGUCGAGAAAGCUUGAAGUAAAAGGGAGGGAACUUGAAGAAUUGUCCAAGAAGAUUGAGUUGAAAGAAAAACAAUUUGAACCGAGAGUGGAGGAGAUUCGUUUGAUUGAAAAAAGGGUAAAUGAAUGCCUGAAUGAGAUUGUAUUGAAAGAAAGGCAUCUUCAGUCACUCGAAAAAUCAAUUCAAGAGCGUGAAAAUUUGUUAGAAGAACGGGAAAAGCGCUUAGAUUCAGUCUCUCAUGGACUUGAAAUGAGAGAGAAGGAACUUGAUCUAAAGGCCAAAGAACUUGAACUGAAGCAAUAUGAACGUGCACCAGGCAGUCUCUUUGUCAAGUUUGCACAUCUGAUGUUUGAUAGAAGCAUAUCUAUAGCUUUGCUAGCAAGUAAUGUCAUUUCUUCCCUUAUCAAAGUUGGGGAACCAAAAUCUUUACUAGCCAAAAAAGCAGCAGUUUCAUCAUCUUCUUCAAAUCCUCAAUUAAGUGACUCCUUAAAUGCAAGGAAUUUGCAGGGACAAGUGACUGGGAAUGAUUUUCUUGAGAACCAAUUUUUUGAUAAUCUGCAAAGUUCAUUAGACCCUGCAAAACUUGUGUUGGAUUGGAUGCAAACUUAUCUCUCACAAUAUUGGACAAAAGGUGAUGUUGGUUUUGAAGUAACUUCCAUCAAAACCUACAUUUCCCUAUUAGAGCAGCUAACGAGACUCUCAUCACAAGCCGGAGCUCAGGUGAAAGAGGGUGCAAUGAAGUUGGCAGUCCAAUGGAAAGCAAAUAUGAGAGCUGAUACAGAGAAUUCCUUGGAAAUUUUGGGAUUUUUGCACUUCAUAGCUACAUUUGGGUUGCUUUAUACUCUAAAUGUAGAUGAAAUUGUAAAGCUUCUUGGGAUGAUUUCUCAGCAUAAAGAGGCUCUAGAAUUAUGUCAGACACUUGAUUUUGCAGAUGAAAUCCCUGAGUUUAUCCAGACUCUUGUUGAAAGGAAGCAGCUGAUGGAAGCCGUUGGAUUGAUUUGUACCUUCAAGAUAAGUGACCAGUUUCCCCCCGGACCACUCCUAGAAGAAUACAUGGAGGAACAAAUAAAGUGUUGCAGAAUUGCUUACAAGAGAACCAAGUUAUAUAACGAAAAGGUUAGGAUUGUGGACGACCAGAUAACUCGUCUAAGAGCUGUGAUUGACAUGAUCAAAAACCACAACUUGGAGUCGACGGAAUGUGCAUCAACAAACAUUGAAAUGCAAAUAACUCGACUGCAUCAAGUAAAGGAGAACUGGAGACUUCAGGCGGCGAAUUUGGCAACUGUGCCAAAAAGAGGAAUCAAACGUAGUAGCAGCACUCUUCCUACUGCGUUUGAACCCCAACAGCAGCCCAAUAAAGUUCAUCGGACAGCUGUAGCUGUUCCUCAGCCUCCUGCACUGCAAAUUGACACCCCGAUCCAUCCUCAGUCAGAUCCUUCAUCUUUGCUGUUACAUACGGGGCAGUUUGGCGCCGCUCAGAACACUGAUAUACACUACCCUCACUCUGGUAGUAGUCAUCCCCAGUGGAACCACCCCAACCACUUUGGUAGGUAG